AUUGGCCAGGUUAUCCCUCCCACUGACCCUGGGGCCCCUCCCACCCCCACUCCAGAUAAGGCCAGCCCAGGACUGCUUCACUGGGCACUAGGCACAAGGGCUGGAAUGGGGCCGCCCGGCUCCCCGUGGCAGUGGGUCCUGCUGCUGCUGGGGCUGCUGCUCCCCACCGCCGCCCCCUUCUGGCUCUUCAAUGUGCUCUUCCCCCCGCACACCACGCCCAAGGCUGAGCUCAGUAACCACACACGGCCCGUCAUCCUCGUGCCUGGCUGCCUGGGGAAUCAGCUGGAAGCCAAGCUGGAUAAACCAAAUGUGGUGAACUGGAUGUGCUACCGCAAGACAGACGACUUUUUCACCAUCUGGCUGGAUCUCAAUAUGUUCCUACCCGUUGGGGUAGACUGCUGGAUCGAUAACACCAGGGUUGUCUACAACCGCAGCUCUGGGCGAGUAUCCAAUGCCCCCGGUGUACAGAUCCGUGUUCCUGGCUUUGGCAAGACCUACUCUGUUGAGUAUCUGGACAACAGCAAGUUGGCAGGUUACAUGCACACACUGGUUCAGAACCUGGUCAACAAUGGGUAUGUGCGGGAUGAGACGGUGCGGGCCGCCCCCUACGACUGGCGGCUGGAGCCCAGCCAGCAGGAGGAGUACUACCUGAAGCUUGCUGGGCUAGUGGAGGAAAUGCACACUACCUACAGAAGGCCUGUCUUCCUUAUUGGGCACAGCCUCGGCUGCCUGCACUUGCUCUAUUUCUUACUGCGCCAGCCCCAGGCCUGGAAGGACCGCUUCAUCGAUGGUUUCAUCUCUCUUGGGGCUCCCUGGGGUGGCUCCAUCAAGCCCAUGAUAAUCUUGGCCUCAGGUGACAACCAAGGCAUCCCAAUCAUGUCCAGCAUCAAGCUGAAAGAGGAGCAGCGCAUGACAACAGCGUCCCCCUGGAUGUUGCCCUCCAGCCAGGCAUGGCCAGAGGACCACGUGUUCAUUUCCACCCCCACCUUCAACUACACAAGCCGUGACUUGCAGCGCUUCUUUACAGACCUGCACUUUGAGGAAGGCUGGUACAUGUGGUUACAGUCACGUGACCUGCUGGCAGGGCUCCCAGCACCUGGAGUGGAAGUAUACUGUCUGUAUGGUGUCGGCCUGCCCACACCCAGCACCUACAUCUUUGACCAUGGCUUCCCCUACACGGACCCUGUGGGUGUGCUCUAUGAGGAUGGGGAUGACACCGUGGCCACGCGCAGCACCGAGCUCUGUGCCCACUGGCAGGGCCGCCAACAGCAGCCUGUGCACCUGCUGCCUCUGCCUGGGAUAGAGCACCUCAAUAUGGUCUUCAGCAACCAGACACUGGAGCACAUCAAUGCCAUCCUGCUGGGUACCUACCGAAAUAGCACCGCCGUACCCCCAACUGCCAGCCCAAGGCCCAUGCCCCCUGAAUAAAGACCUUCCUUUACUGCU